AUGAAGGAGCGAAAGGUCAUUUCUGGCAGACCAGCAGCGAACUCUUCGGUAUCAAUCACGCCUAGAAUACUCACGCUUGGAGGAGACCACACGACGACCCUGUCUGCUUUGCGGUCGACCUACCAGAGAUGGGGUCCCGUCUCAGUCAUUCACUUUGACAGUCACAUCGACACUUGGGAUCCAUUGGUCUUGGGUGGUGGAAUCUCCGACUACGCAGGCCUCAACCAUGGAACAUUCCUUCAUAUUGCCCACGAAGAGAAUCUGAUCUUGAAUACCUCGAUCCACGCGGGUAUCAGAGCCCCGUUGAUCCGAAGAAAGGGUGACCUUCGCAAUGACGUCCGAUGUGGUUUCGAGAUUGUCACCGCACGCGACUUGGAUAAGCUUGGAGCCAAAGGAGUCAUCUCGAAGCUUAAGGAGCGAGUCGGCGACACUCGAGUAUACAUCAGCGUUGAUAUUGACGUGCUUGAUCCGGCUUUUGCGCCUGCAACUGGCACUGCCGAGCCUGGUGGCUGGUCUACGAGGGAGCUUCUUACCAUACUCGAUGGCCUCGAGGGACUCUCCAUUGUGGGUGCUGACGUAGUUGAGGUCGCGCCCGCGUACGAUAGUAACGGGGAAACCACUGUUCUCGCCGCGGCCGAGAUUGCUUAUUCAUUGAUCGAUCUUAUGGUUCUCAAGCCUGUCUAG